AUCUCCGUUAGACCCUGCUCAUUGGCUAGAGAGCACCAACGCAUGCAUCCAGAAAAGCACACCAGGCAGCAACAGAUAACUCCGUGAAGAGAUCGACUACGCACAACCUUCAGAUACCGUUGUGAAAGGUAGUUAACCAGAAACAUGUCAGACCAGAUGAUUGACUUGGAAGAAACAGCGACCCACACGGGGCCCAAGGGCGUUAUCAAUGACUGGAGGAGGUUUAAGUUGGAGAGCAUGGACCAGGAGAACCUGCCACCUGCAAAACGAGAACUUCUCAGACAAAUGUCAUCCCCUAAUAGGAAAAAGGACGACUCCAGGGCAAAUCUGAAUCGUAAGAUGAGUGUACAGGAGUAUGAGCUGCUUAAGGAUGAGGAUGAGGGCUGUCUCAAGAAAUACCGAAAACAGUGCAUGCAGGAAAUGCACGAUAAGCUCAGCUUUGGGCCAAAGUUUGAAGGCGUACACGACCUAGACAGCGGGGAGGCGUUCCUUGAAGUCAUCGAGAAGGAACAUCACAGCACGGUGGUCGUGGUCCAUAUCUACAAAAUCGGCGUGAAAGGCUGCGAAGAGCUCAACAACUGCCUGGACUGCCUGGCCACAGAGUACCCCACCGUCAAGUUCUGCAGGAUUGACGCUGUUGCCUCAGGUGCUGCUGAGAGGUUCUCGGAUGAGGUGUUGCCCACACUUUUGGUCUACAAGGCGGGAGAACUGCUAGGGAACUUCUUGGCCUGCACAAAGCACCUAAAUGAGGAGUUCUUUGCUACAGACGUGGAGGCCUUCCUCAAUAGCUAUGGCCUGCUGCCUGAGAAGGAGAUGCCGGUGUUGGAUGAUGACGAGGAGAAUGAUGUGGAGUAAACAAUGAUUGUGGCUGCUGGGGGGUUGGAUGUAGAGCUUUAUGAGAGUUGUAUAAAAUGUUGUAUAAAAUGACAAAAUCUGGUUAAAGCUUCCCAGACAUGGCUGCUCUCAAACAUGAUUUGGGUUAGCUAGAGUGAGGCACACCAAGGUUUUAAAAUACUAAUUGUCAAAAGAAAAGCCAAAGCCAGCUAUAACCAAUAGGUUAUAAGGUUUUGCUUUAUAAUUUUAGAACAAUUGACAUACUAUGUAUAUUUAAGGGAUGUUAAUUUCAUUAAUAUUUCGAAACAUUUUUUUAGCAUUCAACUGAAUAUAUAUGUACAUAUACCCUGUAUUCAUAUGGAUUUAUAUCCUUGGAUUUGAUUCAAUAGUCCAUUAAAGUGUGUUUUAUUUUU